AUGGGUUCCUCAAGAUUGCUAAUUUUCUUCGUUCUUCCUAUACUCUUGGUCUUGGCCCCUCUUGCUCCUACCAUAGUGGGCCACCAUACCAGGGGCGCUUGCACGAAGGAAGCAGACUACUGCUGGAGCUGCGUCGACAAUGACGACAUGCAGACUUUUAACAACGCCUCCAACAAUGGCGGCAUCUACAGAAAAAACCUCAACACCCUCCUCUCCUCUUUCCCUUCCGACCCCAAAAUCAAUCCCAUAUUUUACAGUUCUUCUCUGGGACAAGCCCCGGACACAGUGAACGCAAUUGCCGUAUGCAGAGGGGACGUUGCACCCGAAGAUUGCCGCAUCUGUUUCAAAAACUCUGUUCCCAUUCUCCUGCAGUAUUGUGCUGAUCAGAAGAAAGGAAUCAUAUGGGCAGAGCGCUGUACGGUUCGAUUCUCGAACAUCUCGAUUUCCGGUGUGCUUAAAGAUGAGCCUGUUAAGUUUGUGGAUAGCCCAAAUGAAAUAUCAAACGCUGAACAGUACAAGCAGGUGCGCGAUCCCUUAUUUGAAAAUUUAAGUGAGAAAGCUGCAGCAGGGGACUCUGAUUUAAAAUUUGCAGCAGGGAAUGCGUCGGUGCCUGUAACAAAUGAAACAAUAUAUGCAACUGUCCAGUGCAGCCCUGAUUUGGACAAACAAAACUGCAGCGAUUGCCUUAAAGAGUCCAUCUCAGAAAUUCCAGAGUGUUGUGGUAGAAAGGGUGGAGGAAGAGUUCUUAGACCCAGCUGUUAUUUGAGGUUUGAGUCCAAUCCUUUCCUUGAGAGUCUGGAGCAGAUACCCUAA